GUCAGUGUUCAUGCAUCGCUCGGCUCGACUGUUGAGGAACUUGUUUACAUUAAAUACGCGAAGCGACGGAAAAAAAUGACGCAACAAUACACAAAACAACGUCGUUGUUCUCCGUAGCAGCUAUGCAUACACAUAUGUGAUACACGGCUUUACGUACUUCGUUCAUACUUGUUCCGUUCGGUCCGAUCAUUUUCUGACACACUAACACACACAGCGAACGCGUUGUUAUAGUGUGCAAAUAGAUUCACUGUUCCCCGAAAGAAAAGUAAUACAUGUACACAUUGACACAUACGUGCAGCCCGUCAUACAAUCGUGUGUGUUUUCCUUUUUCACGAUAGACGAACAGCUUACGAUAAACACCCGAUCGAAACAUCACUUUCCAACAAAAAGUCAAGGUGUUUGCAAACAUUUUUCACACAUCCAUUUUUCCUGCAUUUUGCUCUGCACAUGCAACUCACAUUUUACGUUUUGAUUUGAAAAAAUAAAUAUUCUUUUUUGUUCGUCAACGAAACCACAACUCCCGGUCAAACCUAAGAUUAAGUUUUUAAAACGAAGUGAAUUGAAACAAACAUUAAAACAAAUCGAACGAGAAAAGAGAAGAAAAAAGUGGAAAAAAGCACGUCGAGAAAAUAAAAUAGUUGUUUGUCGUGGUUGAGCAUCCAAGUGAAAUUGUGUUCAUUUCAACGUGAAAAAUUAGCAAAAAUCAUUUUUAUAUACAUAUAUAAAGAUAAUAUAAUCUAUUGCGACGCAUAACCCACCGCGAAUACUUGCUUGAAGCAAUCAAAAAGCAACAAAAACAACAACAAAAAUUUAUAUUUAGCAAAAAGUGGAAUUCUUUUUCGAAGACGCGAAAACGAAAACGGAAACAAAGUUCACCUAAAACGAAUUAUAACAUUGCCAUUUGUGAUAUACACCUAUCUAAAUUUAUUCUUCGUAAAUUGUACGAUAAUAUCGAAUUGUUCCGAACAUAAAAAAGUAUUCUUAUUUUUUCGCUUGAACGGAGCCAGUUCAUAGUUGGGUAUAGAGAAAAAAAAAGAAUAUCACACAUACGCUGUGUAAGAAUAAUUGUUGUGAAACAUUUUCAUAUACGCGAAGAUGGAGGUUAGGUCGAAUAGUGAACAAUGUGGAAAUGAUGCGGCGGCGGCGGCGGCAUCGGUAACUACUUCAAUUAAUCAGUCGAUGGAAUCGAAUGAAUCGGCUGAUGCAAGACGGUCUGCAGUUGAAAUGGAUCCAUCCAGAACCACGGUAAAUGACGAAACCAGACAACCCCUCACCAGAGAUGAAAAACUAGUGGCUGAGUUGAAGUCUCAAAUUCCGGAUGUGGAUAAGAUCUUUAAAAUCCAUCGGCGAAUUGGAGAAGGAACAUUUAGUACGGUUUUUCUGACAUCGUUGAGAGGGAAAGAGCAACUGCCCAGCAAACGCCUUUUCGCAUUGAAAUACUUGAUUCCAACCAGCCAUCCAAGACGUAUUGCGCAAGAAUUGCGAUGCCUGAAGGAUAUCGGUGGAACGGACAAUGUGGUCGGUGUGGAUUUGUGCCUGAGAAAUAAGGACUCCAUUGCAUUUGUGAUGCCGUACAUGCCGCAUGAUCGUUUUCACGAUUAUUUUGAUAAAAUGAAUGUGAAGGAACUGCAAGAGUACAUGGAGAAUAUUCUGAUUGCAUUGAGACGAGUCCACGAAUUCGGUGUAAUUCAUCGCGACGUAAAACCCAGCAAUUUUCUCCACGAUCGCAAGAACCAUAAAUUUUUGCUGGUCGAUUUCGGAUUGGCGCAAGCAUUGGACAAGGAAUCGGAAAGUACAAAGUCUUUAAAAAAUACCUGUAAGGAAACCCCAAGUGAAAAAUCGAACAAUAAACCAAACACUCAAUGUGAUAAUAAAAACGAACAAUCAACUCCGACAUCUCAACCAAGCCAAGCAUUGGACUGUUCGGCGGAGCACAAUGAAUCGGUUGACAAGAGUGCGGACAACUGCGUGGAGAUGACCGAUGUAGCAUCGUACAAAUCCAAACGAAAGCUUGACGAAUGCGAUGAGACUGAGAACAAGUGUUCAACCAUCGAUUCGAAUCCAGCGAAACGUCAGCGCACGCUUUCCGAACAUCAAUCCGCCAUUCAAAGCAAUGAGAAUACAUCACAGCAUCACCGCGGAUCAUACAUUCCAUCAUCACACUUCAAAACACCAUUGAAACAAAUGAACGAGAUCUCAAAUCAAAAACAACUCAAACGCGACGCUACCGAAUUCCAAUCGCCACUCUCCGCUGACAUCAAAUCAACCAUUUUAACGUACAGCAUUGGCUCAAAGAUUGAGAGUCAACGCAACAGCAUCAACUCAAUGUCACCGGCACCAAAAGUAUCUCCAGCUCAAAUGGUAGCAAUACCAUUUCCCAAGAAUGUUACCGCAUCGGCGCACAUUUUGACCACUCCAACACCACCCGGCCGCAAGUACAAUCUGGACAACCGCUCAAAUGGACGUAACGUCAAGUGCUUCUGCUACGGUCGUCCGACCGUUUGCAACGUUUGCUUGGUUAAAAAAGAGAUUCAGGCAACGCGAGCAGGCACACCGGGCUACCGACCAACUGAAGUUCUUCUUAAAUAUCCGAAUCAAACAACGGCUGUCGAUUGCUGGGCUGCAGGUGUGAUUCUGAUUUCAAUCUUAUCCGGAUGCUACCCGUUCUUCAAGAGUCGGGAUGACUUCAGUGCUCUCGCCGAAAUAAUCACCGUGUUCGGAGAUGAGGUUGUAAAGAAAACGGCCCAUGCACUUGGCCGCAAUGUGUGCAUCAGUCAUAAGAAACGGCCACUGCACUUGCGUAAACUAUGCAUUCGCCUGCGCAAUCGACAAAAAAUCCAAAAUACUCCGUUCAAUGACAACACCACCAGUACAAAUCUUCAGCAACAAUGCGACAAUUGCGAACAAAAGCUGUACAAUUGUCUCUGCCAAGACAGCGAUUACAAUACGGAUUUUUCAAAUGACAUCUACCCGGAGAGUGUGUACGAUUUGCUUGGGAAAUUGCUGGCGAUCAAUCCAUACAGUCGUAUAAGCGCGAAAGAUGCGCUCCAACAUCCAUUCUUUCUCCCAGAGUCGAACUAAAUACGCACUCUCAAUCUCUCUCUGUCUCUAUCUCACACAUACACAAAAAAGAGGGAAAUAUGGAAAAUGGACCGAUUUUCGUCAAUUUUCUCGCAAUGAACUCAAUUUCUUUUUUUACAGCACCUGCACCUUAGCCACAAACAAAAUACAUCCCAUUUUUAUUGUUUAUAUCUCCUUUGUUCAAUGUAUACGGUCGCUUUGCGACAAUGGCACUUCAAAAAAAAGAAAAGGAAUGAAAGUUAGAAGGAAAAGUGAGAUCCAAAUGUUUGGAAGAGCUACAAAACGAAAAUUUAGUAUUUAUGUACGCAAUUUGGCAUUGAAAAGAUCACGGAAAAUGUUGCAAUCACUGAAAUCUUUGUUAGAUUUUUGACUUUUUAGUUUAAUGUGAGAUUUGUAUUUAUUUUUUAUUUAUUUAAUAAAUUAUUUGUAGAAUCGGUAUAUAUGUGAAAAAUUAA